UGUCCACGCGCUGUGUGUGUAGUCAGUGUUUAUCGGCUCGCCAUGGCGGAAGGACGAAGAGAACUGCCACCGCAUCCUCUCCUGUCGCUACCACCGGCCAGUAAGCGACCAUGCUUGCGCCCGGCUCCCCGGGGUCCCGGCCCUGGGCCCGGACACGGAUUAAUCAACUCCCGGUAUCGUUCCCCGGAGUCCCUCUUGGACUGUGCCGCGAAGGCAGUAGCGGAAAAGUGGGCCUUCGAAAGAGUAGAGGAGCGUUUUGAGCGGAUCCCAGAACCCGUUCAGCGUCGUAUCGUCUACUGGUCUUUCCCCCGCAACGAAAAGGAGAUAUGCAUGUACUCUUCGUUCCAAUGCCGCGUAGCCGGCGAGGAAGCUCCGUCGACGGCGACCAGCGGGUCAGGAGCUACUGGGUCCGGACCAACAACUAACGCCGGUGGCGGAGGAACCGCUACUGUUACGACGACGACAGUAGGAACAACCGGAGCAAUGGGAACUGGAGAUGCAUUGCCUUUCCGCCGUGGUAUCAGGUUGCUCGAGACUGGCUGUGUGGAAAAUGUUUUACAAGUCGGUUUUCACCUGAGCGGCACGGUAACCGAACCGGCCUCCUCAUCGGAGCCAGAGAUCACCCACAAGGUGGCCAUCAGCUUUGAUCGUUGCAAGAUUACCUCUGUCACCUGUGGCUGUGGAAAUCGGGACAUUUUUUACUGUGCCCAUGUGGUGGCACUGUCUCUGUACAGGAUCCGCAAGCCUGAACAGGUGAAACUUCGGUUGCCCAUCUCGGAGACAUUGUUCCAAAUGAACAGAGAUCAACUGCAGAAGCUGGUCCAGUACCUGAUUACAGCACACCACACUGAGGUCCUGCCCACAGCUCAGAAACUGGCCGACGAGAUCCUCUCAUCUAAUUCUGAGAUCAACCAGGUUCACGGUGCUCCUGAUCCAACCGCCGGUGCGAGCAUUGAUGAUGACAACUGCUGGCAUCUGGAUGAAGAUCAAGUUAGGGAACAAGUGAAGCAGUUUCUUUCCCAGGGAGGAUACUAUGGCUCUGGGAAGCAGCUCAACUCCAUGUUUGCUAAGGUGCGUGAGAUGUUAAGAAUGCGCGACUCAAAUGGUGCCCGAAUGCUGACUCUCAUAACGGAACAGUUUAUGGCAGACCCUCGUCUGUCGCUAUGGAGACAGCAAGGCACUGGCAUGACAGACAAAUGCAGGCAACUUUGGGAUGAGCUGGGUGCAUUGUGGGUGUGUGUCGUGUUAAACCCCCACUGUAAGAGUGAGGAGAAGAACAGUUGGCUCAAGCAGCUGAAGAAAUGGAGCGACAUGGAUGUGUGCCCGCUGGAAGAUGGCAACUAUGGUAGCGAGCUCCCAAACAUUACCAACGCUCUGCCGCAGAGUAACCUUGCCCAGGACUCUCUGUCCAGGCCAAGGAGGACAGUAUUCAGCCGAGCUGUUGAGGCUUGCAACCUCCACUGGCAAGGCAGCCACCUCCAGAGGAUCAUCAGCAGUGAUUACUACAUGUCUCCAUCAUACCAGAGAGAUGAGGAGAGUCUGCUGUUUAAUCCACAGGGCCUGCCGCUCUGGCUGGACCACGUACCGACUGCAUGUGCUCGUGUCGAUGCCUUGCGUUCCCACGGUUACUCCAGGGAAGCCUUGCGGUUAGCCGUGGCUAUCAUCAACACACUCCGGCUACUGCAGCAGCGUGAGAUGGACAUCUAUAAACACCAAAAGAAAGAGCUUCUCCAGAGGGGCGUGACUACCACCACUAAUCUGGAAGGCUGGGUGGGACAUCCUCUGGACCCUAUCGGCUGCCUGUUUACUACACUCACUGAAACAUGCCGGGUCGAUGACGACAGCACUAUGGACACCGGAGAGGGUGAGCCCAGACGUCCAGUCUACCACCAUGUGCCAGUGUGGGGCAGUCAUGAUGGAGGAGAGUCGUACUUGACUCUAGCCUUAGAGGUGACGUUAAUGGGUAUGGGCCAACAAAGGAUAAUGCCAGAAGGCCUCUAUGCGCAGGAUAAGGUGUGCCGUAAUGAAGAGCAAAUUGUUGCAAAACUGCAAGAGCUGGAGCUGGAUGACGUGCUGGUACAAACUCUCCAGAAACAGGCCAUACAACUACUAGAAGCUGGUCCAUUCAGCGGUCUCGGUGAGGUCAUCCACAGGGAGAGUGUUCCUAUGCACACUUUUGCCAAGUACCUCUUUUCUGCACUGCUGCCACAUGAUGCAGACCUGGCAUAUAAGGUGGCUCUCCGUGCCAUGAGGUUGCCAGUUUUGGAGUCUUCUGCAGGCUCCGGGGAUGUCGGUCACCCUCAUCAUGGCAUUUCCAUAGUUCCAAGUAGGUAUCCACGUUGGUUCACUCUGGGACACUUGGAGUCACAGCAGUGCGAGCUUGCAUCCACGAUGCUUACUGCUGCUAAAGGUGAUAUGUUGAGACUGCGGACAGUUCUGGAAGCCAUUCAGAAAAACAUCCACUCCUCUUCCUUAAUAUUUAAACUUGCCCAGGAUGCCUUUAAGAUAGCUACACCUGCAGACAGCCCGCCUGAUAUAACUCUGCUCAAUGUGGCAUUGGAGCUCGGACUUCAGGUGAUGAGAAUGACUCUAUCAACUCUCAACUGGAGGAGAAGAGAAAUGGUCCGCUGGUUGGUAACAUGUGCCACUGAAGUCGGUCUCCGUGCUCUUGUGAGCAUUUUACAGAGCUGGUACACCCUCUUCACCCCCACUGAGGCCACCAGUAUUGUUGCGGCCACCGUCAUGUCCCACAAUACCAUCCUGCGACUCAGCCUGGAUUACCCUCAACGAGAAGAGCUGGCCAGUUGCGCGAGGACGCUGGCGCUGCAGUGCGCCAUGAAGGACCCUCAGAACUGUGCCCUGUCAGCUCUGACGCUCUGCGAGAAGGACCACAUCGCCUUCGAGACAGCCUACCAGAUUGUGAUCGACGCCGCGUCAACCGGAAUGACCUACUCACAACUCUUCACUAUCGCCAGGUACAUGGAACACAGGGGGUACCCGUUACGCUCCUUUAAGCUGGCCUCCCUCGCCAUGACCCACUUGAACCUGGCUUACAACCAGGACACUCACCCGGCCAUUAAUGACGUUCUGUGGGCCUGCGCGCUCAGUCACUCUCUGGGCAAAAAUGAGCUCGCUGCAAUUAUUCCGCUGGUGGUGAAAAGCGUCCACUGCGCCACCGUUCUCUCAGACAUCCUGCGGCGGUGCACCAUGACAGCACCGGGUCUCGCCGGAAUCCCUGGCAGACGGAACUCUGGGAAGCUGAUGUCGACAGACAAGGCGCCUCUGCGGCAGCUGCUGGAUGCUACGAUCUCUGCGUACAUUAACACCACGCACUCUCGACUGACGCACAUCAGUCCGCGGCACUAUGGAGAGUUUAUCGAGUUCCUAAGCAAAGCGCGGGAAACGUUCCUGUUGGCACAAGAUGGUCACAUUCAGUUUGCCCAGUUCAUAGACAACCUCAAACAAAUCUACAAGGGCAAGAAGAAACUCAUGAUGCUGGUCAGAGAACGUUUCGGAUGACCAGCUUUCCCGAACUGAAUCGUCCUCUGAAGGAAGUAGUUGAGCUUAUAUAUUUCUAUUUAAAUUUCAUUUGAAUCCCUUGUGUUUUUACUUAUGUUGAGCCAUUCGUUAAUUAACUUUUUUUUUCAGUGUGGUCAUUUUGUUUGUUGAAUGUGAACCAGGAGGCGUUCGCAACGCGUUGUUCUGCUUCACUGAAACCGAGGGGCAAAUACGAGGUGUGACAUGUCAAAGAUACAACAUCAAAACCGCUUCUUUGCCCCCUCCCAACGAAUGUGGAAUUACACAUAAAAAAAUAAGUCUAAAGAUUGUAAAAAGCAGAACUAGCUUUUGUUGUUAAGUGACGUGAUACAAAAAAACCAAAAGAAUUGUUGGACAGGCUUCUCUAAGAAAGAGGCAGCUGAAUAGAAGUGGGCUUUAAAAGUGACAAAUAAGAAAGGAAGGAACCCACUGAGGAUGAAAACACACAGUGUUACUGUCAAACCUCAACUGUAUUAUCAGCUUUAAAGUCCUUGUUGAUAAAUCGACUCGUUUCUUUCAGGGGCUCAUUAAGUCACAACAAGAGUGAGGUGAAAAAAAAAAUCCAAAGACCUGACCAAAACCAUUGUAGACCAAUUUCUCUUCGAUUCAUGACGAAAAUAACGUGAACCUAGGCUCUUUAAGUAGCCCAUCCGUGGCGUGCACAUACUUAUGCUGCCUUCAUGUGGUGUCGUAAUUAUGCAAAUCACCACUUGUCCAGUUGCAAAUUAAUGCCCUGUCAAGUCAUAUUUUCGACAGGAAAACUGGGAAUUUAUUUUGACCUUUCAAGAUGGCGAACAGUGAACAAAGAGUUGUGCAUGGAAACAAAACAUUCAUUUUUAAAAGAAGAUUUACGGUCAAUUUGCCCGUUGUUUUGACGCCUGCGUAUUAACAUAGUGUACACUAGGGCUGUGCCAUCUUAGGCACCCCACGAUUCGAUUCGAUUAGGUUUCAGGGGGCUACGAUUCGAUUCUUGAACGAUGAUCACGGUAUUGACGAUGAUCAUGGUUAUCAUGAUUAUCGAUGCAUCGUACAUUACUAAUUAUUAAAGUAGACGAACAAUCUUUUGUCCAUUAUUUAUUUAAAAUAUCCUAAUGAUUCAACAGGAACGAUGGAAACCUGCCCAUACAACAAAAAGCUGCCCUUAAGCUGCUUUUUGAUUUAUUUGUUUUUACAAGAAAGUGCAAAAACAUUAACCAUUUUAAAGAGUUCUGGUUUUUCUCAACAAUACAAUAAAAUUUACACAGGCGGAAUGAAUUCCGCAUUUUCUGGAAACACAGAGUCUUUAGAAAUAAGACUUCAUUUAACCAAUAUACUUUGUUUUCACUGAUUUCUGUACUAAUUCCUCAUGUUUGUAGUGUUACCGCUGUACUUAAUCAUGGUUUUACACGUUCUUCAUAUAAAAUACACGUUAGUGAAUUAGCUAAUUAGCUUAGCGCUCGGCGCUAACUAUUAACACCUCAAAAACAACAACAAUAAAGGCUAAGCAGUACAAGAGGGUUCGUGUAUUUACCUCUUAUAUAUGCACACGGGUCUUGCAACACACUCAGGACAUUUUUCAAUUGACAAUUGACUUGAAAGUACAGCUGGACAUCUGAAAGACAAUGAGCAACUAUCUCUCUUCCCCUCUCGCUCUAAAAAAUAACUGCGGUCGCACAGAAGCGUGACCGCUGGGUCGCACUCCUUUUUCCUGCCUGUCUCAUACACAAAUUUAUUUUCCAGUCUUUUGAAAAGGAGUUACUCUCACUCAGUUACAGACGUUGUUCGUGCCUCCGUUAAAGGUGUCCGGGCGGCAAGAUUUCAUUCCGCUACGAGUGGCUGUCAUAAAGUUAUGUGGGAAAAUCAUCGUUUUUUUAACGCAUGUAAUAAUCGAUUUUUUUGGAACUUCUCUAGUGUACACAUAUAUAAAAUUCUUAUUUUCCAAUUGUUUGCAAUGAUUUUUUAGCUGCAAACACUUGUUGUCGAUGAAUUAAUAGUCCCAAAACAGUUUUGCCCUCGCGACAAACCAAAAUGAAGUCCAUAUCUGCUAUGUUUUUUACUACGACAGAAAAAAAAGCCCAUAAAAAGGGUGCAUUAGUAAUUACCAAUUAGCAUGUGGUAAGAAACAUCUUUCCCAGAGCACGUGAAGGCAGCAAUAUUGCCCCUCUAAUUGAAACAGUUUGGAGAGUAUGCCUAUCUUCCGCAUGCACUAUUAAGCAAUAUAUAGUCAAACCUGUGAGCUUUUAUUCAAUAAGCCUCAUUUAUAUAUUACUGUAUUCUCUUGGAAAAUUCCAGACACCUUUGUACUGUUUCCGCAGUCUGUAGCUAGAGUUCUCUUUCCAUCAUGAGAUCCUUCGUGGCAACUUCAAAAUUUACAAACUUCCUCUGUAAAACUAGUGUAUACAGUAUAGUUGGUGACACCAGUCAAACAGUAACCCGCGACAACUACUGGAAAAUAUUUCAAGUUAAAUGUCUGAAAUGCCUGAACCUAAAUGUUAGGCUGCACUAAACAGAGGUGGGUAGAUUUAGUAGCCAAAAAUGUUACUCACGUAAGAGUAGCGUUACUAAAAAAUAUUACUCAAGUAAAAGUAGUCAACGAAAAAUAUUUACUCAAGUACAAGUAGUCAGUGAAAAAAAUACUAAGGUAAUGAGUAACUGCCUAAAAUGUCUGAUUUUAUUUUUUAACGGUAUAUUUUGUUUCUCUGCGCAAAAUCAUCUAUAUGAAGUAUUAUCAUAAUAUACUAUAACCUAUUACAUGACUAUGUUAGACAAAAAAAAAAACAA